AUGCCACUGCCUCCUCCGACAGUCAAUAAACUAGUCCACGAUGUUAUCAAGACCCAUGCUAUCGCUCGUCCAAGUGCUCAGGCAAUCGUUUCGGCCUCGGUCAAUCUUACUUAUCAAGAUCUUGAUGAGGCCUCUUCAUGGCUCGCCGCACAAAUUACAUCUUUGGGAAUUGGCUCCAACUCCAUAGUGCCAAUCAUCUGCGAAAAAUCCGCUAUUACUAUUGUUUCUAUGAUCGCCAUUUUGAAAGCUGGAUGCGCAUUUACUGCGUUAGAUGUGUCUCAUCCGACUAAAAGACUAUUGGAGAUUAUCGAAGACGUCAAAGCCCCUGUUCUUUUACUCUCGACUGAACAAAUUCCGCGAUUCAAAAACAUUGCUGGACUUCGAAUUAUCGAAAUAUUCAACAAGAUGUUUUUAGGGCUAGAUUCCGUCAAUGUGUCGUAUACUACGCUGGUUACUGCGUCUCCAAGUGACCUGAUGUACGUCAUUUUCACAUCGGGGAGCACAGCCCGCCCAAAGGGAGUUAUGAUUGAGCACAGAGCCUGGUUAACGUCCGCGUUUGCGUAUGGAGAAGACCAGGAGCUGAGUUCCAGCUCGAGAGUCUUGCAAUUCGCCUCAUACGCAUUUGAUAUGUCUCUAAUGGAGAUAUUCACGACGCUCAUCUUUGGCGGCUGCGUUUGUGUGCCGACGGAAGACGAUCGAUUUAACGGAAUAGAGAAAUUCAUCAACGAAAUCGACGUCAACACUCUGAUGCUAACUCCGUCUUACGCAAAGUUACUGGAUCCCACCACAGUGCCUGCUGUCCGGAUGUUGGUCACUGGUGGAGAGGCAGUUCCAAGUGACUUGAUCAGACUAUGGAGCCCCUACGUCAAAAUCUACAUUGCUUACGGCCCGACUGAAGCUUCGAUACAAUCUUCAGGAGCACGGUUGAGCAUUGGAUCUGCAGUUGUUUCGUCAGGCCUCCUUGGGCACCCAACAGGUUGCAAUCUGUGGAUUGUCCAUGAGGAUGAUCACAACAAACCAGUUCUCCGGGGCCAGACUGGGGAACUCGUCAUUGAGGGGAACACAUUGGCCAGAGGCUACCUCGGCGAUGACCAGAAAACAGCGGCCGCUUUUGUCGACAUGUGUACUCGGUCCGGCGUCCGGCGCGUUUUCAAAACGGGAGACUUGGUUCGACGGACCGACAGCGGCGAUAUCGUAUUUGUUGGCCGCAAAGAUACGCAGGCUAAGGUGCACGGACAGCGCUUGGAGCUGACCGAGAUCGAGGCGAGGCUGGCCCCGGCUCUGGCUGCGGGGUUGAAGUCUUGUAUUGAGAAAGCUGAAAGCCCCCACUUCAGCGAUGGCGGUGCUAUUGUGGUUUUUCUAAGUGAAUCUAUGCAAAUACCAGGCCAUGCCAGCCCCGAGAUCUGCUGGAAUCAAGUGGAGACUACACUAGAGAUGGCUGUUGGUAUGCAGGCGCAUCUUGAAACGGUGCUACCCAAAGCGAUGGUGCCAUCUCUAUACGUACCGAUAACCUUCAUCCCUCUGACGACCUCGCACAAGACAAAUCGUCUAAUGCUGCGACAGCUAAUCCAGUCCUUGGCUUCUGAUGAGCUACGGAAACUUAGAAAAGCUGAUAAUACUGCAACCAGAUAUAGAGCGUUAUCUGCUAAAGAGUUGGCUCUCAGUGAGUUAUGGGCGACUGUACUCAAUAUGGAGCCAAAGGCUAUUGGGCCAGAUGACAAUUUCAUCCAGCUUGGAGGGGAUUCAGUGGCCAGCAUAAAGCUCAUAGCAUUAGCCCGUAGCCGUGGUAUUACGCUAACAUCGGCUCUUAUUCUCUCAAAUCCGGUCUUGUGUGUGCAGGCGCAGCUUGCAAAUGACUCUGGGGAGGGAAGCCCUGAACAGGACAUCAAGCCAUUUGAGUUGCUAGGGAGUCGUUCAAACGAGCUUCGGGGGACAGCUGCUGCACUCUGCAAGCUGCCAAUUGACGAAAUAGAAGAUGUUUUGCCCAUGACGAUUAGUCAAAUGAGGUGGUAUGGGAAAACGUUGGUCAAGCCAACUGCAUGGAUUGAUCAGUAUCGCUUUUUGCUCCCAAGCGACGUGAAUCUUGAGCGAUUCAUUAUGGCCCUCAACUCCGUUGUGCAAGCUACAGACCUGUUACGCGCAAAGAUAAUCGCCACUGGUAGUAAAGAGCUCUUCCAAGCAAUCAUUAAAUUUCAUCCGGUGAAAGUGGUUCACACCAACGAAACAUUGGAAGCCUAUUUGAGUCAAGAUCUUCUUGAUCCUAUGGGCCUUGCAGCAACGUUGAGCCGUUAUGCUAUUGUUCAAAAUGGUAAUUCUGAGAACGUUUUCGUUUGGACGAUUCAUCAUGCCAUUUAUGAUGGGUACUCCUUACCUAUGCUCCUUCAAGCAGUGCGAAAUUUAUACUAUGGGCUUGAGCUAGUCCCAUUUACUCCAUUCAACCGAUACCUUAGGAGCAUCGGAGAGAAAGAUCUGUCCGAGGGAGAGGCUUUCUGGAAAAACCAUCUACUUGAUGCAGCAUGGACGAAGUUCCCUGCCUUAUCAUCUCAAGAAAAGCCGUCGAGCAUGGAUCGUGUCUUGGCAAGCGUCAAAAUUGCAUCGAGGAAAAUGCAGCUCCGCAACGCAGAGGUUUCACGAUCCGUAACCAUCGCAAACGUCAUACGCGUUGCGUAUGGCGCAACACUUUCGCACUUUUCGACAGGCCGUGCGGGCUCAGUUCUUUUCUUGGAAUCUCUCAGCGGCCGUAACUCAUCUUUAGCAGGCAUUGAUCGCAUCGCGGGGCCGACCCUGCUCACUGUACCCACGAAGCUGGAUCUUCCACAUAAGAAACCAUGUAGUGAGAUCCUCAUGGAUAUCCAGACAUCCUUGACGGAUCGUAUGAAGUUUGAGAAUUUCCCUUUACCACGGCUAUUGCCCCUAGCGCCCCCUUUGGAACUUCGCAGUAUUCUACUGAUAGAGAAUGAAGCAUUCCGAAUCAAUGAAGCUGGUAGUGAUCUAUUUGGCGGUGGGAAAGAAGAAGUAAAGCUGGAAGAGACUGAAGACCUUCCAAUGAUAUUCCGCUGUGCGGCUCUUCCUGAGGAGAUACAUAUUGAUAUACGCUAUGAUAGUAGUGCUAUUGGGAGCUGUGAAGUGGAGGGCUUUUUGAAGACUUUUAAAGGGCUGGUUGAAGGGCUAUGGCACGGUGAUGGAAGCCUGCCUCUCGAUGCAAUUCUUUCCUCUGUAUAA